AUGGCGACGGGACUGCCUAUCUUGAGCUUGUUAGAAAUGCUGAUUGCUGUCAUCCCCAUAGUCUUAAAUCAGGAUAUUGCUUGGCACUGCUUGCAUGGUUACCCCUCUCUGCCUUUAUUGUUCUCUGACCUGGGGAGGAAGAUUUGCACCACAAAAGGAGAAGAACAGGAGGUGGACAAGAAGGAGCUGAUUGACAGCCUGAAGCUAUUGGAAGGCGAGCUCGGUGACAAACCCUUCUUUGGGGGAGAGAAGUUAGGAUUCGUGGAUUUAGCGAUCGUUUCUUUCUACACCUAUUUUCUUGCUUAUGAGACGUGCGGAAACUUCAGCAUCGAGGUGGAGUGCUCCAAUUUCAUAGCGUGGACCAAGAGGUGCCUGGAGAUAGAGAGCGUGUCCAAGUCUCUCGCCGACCCUCAGAAGGUGUACGGCUUCGUCUUGCAUCUCAAGAAAGCCAAUGGCAUUGAGUAG